CACGUGGACAACCUCUCGGUGACCACAUAGCCACUCCAGUCUGUUCAGCAGGUCACGACGACCGCAGACCGAAGGCGGCAGAGAUGGAGCGAAGGAUGAUGCGAACUGUCUGUCCGAUCACAGAGACGGCCCGCCUGCUGCUGACUCUUGUCCUGCUGCUGAUUCUGCUGCUGGCCGGGCAGGGAUCUGCCGUUAGUCCACCACCGGGCUCGGUGACGAUAAACGGCUUCAGCUACGCAGGCGACGGGUGUCCUCCCGGGAGUUUGGAAUUCGCUCUCUCCGAGGACGGGCAGAGGAUGACGCCGAUGUUCACCAAGUUCACUGCUACGACGCACAAGAGCGCGGCGCACCGGACGAGGAGGUGCCAAAUGUCCGUAGAUCUCAGUUACCCUGAAGGCUUCGCUGUAGGGUUGGGGUCGGUCACUUUCGGCGGGUACGCAAAGCUCGAUGGAGGCGUGUCUGGGUCGAUUAAGGCGUUUUACUACAUCCCGGGGAAGACAGGGACGGCUCGCCUCACUCGCAAGAUCCAGGGACCCAUGGACGACAACUUCGAAUACACGAACGGAUUCGAUUUGGCACUUUACGGCGAGUGUGGCAACAAACAGACACUGUCGGUGGGCUUGGAAGUCACGGUGAAACCAGGCAAGAAGCCCAAGGGAGCGGGGGGGAUCAUUCAACUGAAGUCCCUGCCCAACGCGUGGGAUCUCGUCUGGAAGCAAUGCUAAGAAGGCGAAGAGAAAGUACGCCGAUCACUUUGGCCGCACGGGACCGGAAACAUAGCUUGCAUGCAUUCCUUAUCAGGGUGCCUUGUGUUGUGUUCGAGGGGGGGGGAAGACGGUAGCAACGUAAUCGCGUGAGAGACGGGUUCAGCACAAAAAGGGAGGUCGAGAGUCUGUCCGCUGAAUGUAACAUAGAGCAUAGACCAGCAAUGCCAUGAUUUUAUUUAUUGCAUUUUCUGUAAUUAGAAGUGGGCAGGGAUUGUGUUCGCGAUCGUGAUGUGUAUGGACUCCGGAGGUCGUCACAGAGUUCACACGGAAUUUGUUUGGGGAAUCGGACGCGCUACCGGUAGCUUCAGCUCUAUCAAAGCGGCCUUAAAACUCCAAGGGUGAUAGUGGAAACUCUGUGGUGAGUUUGUGAUCCCAUUUGCUGGCUGGUGACCUCAUUUGCUCUUGUGUUUGGUGUCUAUGUAUUAAUAUUAUUAUGUGAUAUAACACGCUGGCAGGGACUGUGUUCGGGUUCGUGAUGUUUACUGAGGUUGUCACAGAGUAUAAUGUACAGGGGAUUUGUUUCAGGAGUCGGACGAGCUGGCGGUAGCUUGGUAAUGGAAAUUCUGUGAUAAAUCUGGUGAUCCCAU